AGAGAGGAGGAGGAGAAGAGCGAGAUGUUUUCUUAUGCAUUAAGGGAGUGGUGUUCAGAUUAAGUAAACGAAAGCAAUAUUGGGCGCAGGAGAGAGUCCUACAUUCCCGCGCUCCGAGGUCAGGUUGUCAGCAGAGAGCAUUUGGAGUGGUUGUGAGAGUUUAUGCGAGAGCGCUCGUGUAUGUGUGUCUCCAGAAAUACACAAAACACCCUGCUUCAGUAAUCAAAUUAAUGUCGGGGAUUUCCUGUCCUCUGGCGGACAAUAUGUGAUUAAACGGAAAUCGAUCGAGGAGGAACUUCGCGGGAGCAGGAUUUCUACAACAUUUUAGUGUUAACCCUAACGCUGCUCCUGUCCCAUUCGGGGACACUGUUUGAACGGGAGAAAGUUUCGACCUUACUAUAUUACUAACAAUCAUUCCCCCGCUCUGUCGACUGAGAGGAGAAAAAUAGGAGAGGAAUAUAACGUUUUUUUCCAAACCGAGAGCACUGAGAGAACUGCAUGGGGCGACCGGGGCCAGGGCUCGUUAUCGAUCCGGUGUAAAUAUGACGUCUGUGUUCGGUUAUGCUCCCGUCUUGAACGCUGUUCUGAUCGAAGACAACCCGGGAUAAUAGAUAAAUACUCCGGGGACUUCACCACACACACACACACACACACACACACACACACACACACACACACACACACACACACACACACACACACACACACACACACACACACACACACACACACACACACACACACACACACACACACACACACACACACACACACACACACACACACACACACACAAAGUGCGCGGCAGUGGCACGCACGGUGAGCCAGCCAGCAUGUAGCGGAGGAGCUCACGACACACCGGGCAGCCGACUUCAUCAGCAGGAGAUGAGGUCUAGAGUUAUUAAAAAAAAGUUGCAUCAGUCGUUAAUUUAUCCACCCACUCUACUCCGUCGCCACCUUCAACAGAGAAGCACCAGAUAUAAAUCAUCGUACGGGACUGGGAACUACAACAACUGAAUUUAGGACACACGGCGCACGCCUGUCCGGACAAAAGUUGCAGUGGAGCAUCCGAGAUAGGGGAUACGUAUUUGGAGAGAGGCAAAGGACGCACGGCACGGCGAAGACAAGCUGUGUGUGUAGUUAGGAGUGUGUUUUGGAGUGUGUGUGUGUGUGUGUGUUGUGUGUAGCUGAAGCGAUUAAAAGGUGUUUAAUCCUGGAACACGUAGCACCAGCAGGUUGGCUUCUGUUCAUCUGGUACCCGCGAGACAACACAACUCAGUGUAGAGUGAGGAGCCUCGACGCAGGGAAGGCGUGGUCCCGGGGGGUAGGAGCGAUGAGUUCUCUGCGUGUCCCUGUCCUACUGGCGAUGCUGGUCCUCCUGCUGACCGCUGGUUUCUGCAAACAGAGCUCUGUGCACGUGACCCCGGGGGCGAGCACAGGGGCGCGCACGGACGGACGUAACCUCCUGGAGCUCAUCAUGGACAAGGUGCGUCUGACGCGGCAGCAGCAGGACGAGGUACACGUGCGCUACCCCGCCAAAAAACAGGAAUUCACCUUGGAGACCAAGGAGAGGAAUGAAGUGAACAAGUCUCAUCACGGAGAACACAUCAUAGAGGUGUUCCCCAGAGACCUGAGGCAAAAGGAGAAGUUCCUCAAACACCUAACAGGUCCACUAUACUUUAACCCAAAGUGUAGGAAACACUUCUAUAGACUAUACCACAACACCAGAGACUGUACCAUCCCUGCCUACUAUAAGAGGUGUGCCCGUCUUCUUACCAGACUGGCAGGCAGUCAGAGGUGUACAGAGAGGUAGAAUACCCUGAGCCCAUGAAAGAGAGAAGUGCCUUGGAAGAUGAACAGAGAGACUGCUAGUAGUAUCAAUGUGUCAUGGGGAACGUUAGUUAUGUUAUGGACAUUCAUAGAAGCUCACACAUACUCUACUCUACUUUACUCAACUCUACAUUCGGACAAUCUCCGAGUUCAGCUGCCAAAAACCCUGACCACUUGGAUUAUAGCAUGACACUAUGCGGGGUGCUCCUGUGUUCAUUGACAUGCCUUCAUCAUGGGUUACUACAAACACAUUUGGUUGGAGUUUGGUUGGUGGUCUCUGAGCUGUGGUUGUAGACAGAAAGAAAGACUGACAGACAGGCGGACACACGGAAAGUAGGACAGACAGACAGACAGACAGACAGACAGACAGACAGACAGACAGACAGACAGACAGACAGACAGACAGACAGACAGACAGACAGACGGACAGACAGACAGACG